AUGUCAGGAGCUGCCGCAGCGUUCGCCCCCGGUUCCACAGCCCUUAUUACCGGCGGGGCUUCCGGAGUUGGCCUCGCGGUCGCAAAGCUGUGCCACGCCAAGGGAAUGAAUGUGCUCCUGGCCGACCGCAACGCCGCGGGUCUGGAAACAGCGAGACGCGAGAUUGCAGGCGAGGCUGCGGACGCGUCCGGGCCGCGCGUGGCGACCUCGGUCGCUGACGUGAGCCGGGCCGAGGACUGGGCCGCGCUCAAGGACUCUGCGCUGGCCACGUUCGGGUCUGUCGAGUUCCUCGCGCUCAACGCCGGCGUGGGCGGCCAGGGGACAUGGGGCGACGGGGACUACUUCCGCCGGAUUCUGGAGACGAAUCUCUUUGGCGUCAUUCACGGAGUCAAUACCUUCUUACCCGUGGUACAAGACGCUGCAAAGACGAAGCGAACCGCCAUUGUCAUCACCGGCAGCAAGCAGGGUAUCACGAACCCCCCCGGAAACGCCGCGUACAAUGCCUCCAAGUCGGCGGUAAAGACGCUGGCCGAGCAUCUGAGCUGGGAUCUCCGCGCAACGACCACGAGCGUCCAUCUCUUGGUCCCGGGCUGGACCUUUACAGGAAUGACACUUACCAUUUCCCAGACUGGAGGCGGGCAGACAAAGGAGAAGCCGGCCGGCGCAUGGGCCCCCGAACAGGUGGCUGAUUUCUUGUACAAGAAGCUGGAAAAGAACGAGUUUUACGUCAUAUGCCCCGACAAUGAUGUCUCGGAGGAAACGGACAAGAAGCGAAUGCUCUGGACCGUCGGUGAUGUUGUCCACGGGCGUCCGCCUCUGACCAGAUGGCGCGACGAGUGGAAGCAAGAGGCAGAGAAGACCAUGUCUGAGACCAAGAUAUAG